AUCAUUUUUUAUAUUGUGUGUAAUAAUGUUGUAUAUAGACAGUGUAGUUAAGGAUUUUUGUUAAAAUUAAUGCUACAAUUCUGUGCGGGCUUUUUUAAUGUGGGCACAAAACUGUACAAAGUUUCUGUUUAUACUGUAAAACUAGGUACAUUAUAAUAUUUAGUGGUUUUUAUAAAUUCUGCAACAUGUGAAUGUAUCUCAGUAUUCAAUGUAGUGUAUGAUUUCAUUCUUGCCAUAGGAUAUAUGGGGCAGUCCUGUUGAUGGCGGAGAGAAGAUUGGCACACUGUUCUUUGAUGGACAGAAGCUAAAGGAAUGGAAUGCCCCAACUCUAAUGAAACUAGAGAAAUAUGAAAGAAUAAAAACAGUUGGAAAAGGGGCUUAUGGUCAAGCAAUAUUAUACAAGAGAAAAGAGGAUGAGUCACUAGUGAUACUGAAGCAAAUUAACAUCUUAGAACUGAAUAAGAUCGAGAGACAAAACGUAGUUACAGAGAUAAAGAUACUGGCCAUGCUGGACCACCCACACAUUAUCAGUUACUACGACAACUUUGAAGAAGAUGGACUGAUGAUGAUUGAAAUGGAGUUUGCCGAUGGAGGUUCAUUGCAGCAUUACUUAAAACAGCAGCUAAGUCUAAUAUCAGAACUUGAGGUAUUAACAAAGUUUUCUCAAAUGGUGGACGCUCUUAAUUUUGUACAUAAAAACAAUAUACUACACAGGUAAUGUGAG